AUGGAAUCAUCAAUUGUAGCAAAUACCAUUGCGGCAAUUGCAGUAGUCAUAAUGGUAUUAGGUCUGGCAUGGGUCUUUUAUCCGGCUUGGUUGGUGGCCAUGGCACCGGAAACCAAGUGGACCAUUCUUCGCAAUAACGAGGACGACAGCAAUGAGGCCAAAUCAGCGACAACAGCCGAACAUAAAAUUGUCUUGUCAUUGGUGAUUCCAGCGUACAAUGAAGAAGAACGGAUACCCAUCAUGCUUCAAAGUGCUCAUGAUUUUUUGCAAUCCACCCAGGGGAUCGAGGUGUUGGACAAAUUGAACCAAGUAGGUUUGAAACACAACCACGGCGACCAAGAAAACGACAAAAGAACGAUAAGUGUCGAGUGGAUUGUGGUGGAUGAUGGAUCUGUUGACAAGACGUGUGAAGUUGUAACCAAAGUCAUGAAGUCAAUCCAGUCCAAGAACUAUCUUUGGAAAAUUGUCUCCCUCGAGAAAAAUUGCGGCAAAGGUGCUGCCAUUAAAACUGGCAUGUCGAUUGCCAAGGGACACUAUUCGCUCAUGGUCGAUGCCGAUGGGGCGACUGAUUUUGGACCGGGACUUCAAAAGUUGGUGGACAACUUGUUUUCCGUUCAUAAUGACGGAGGAGCAAACAAUAGAAAUAUGAUUGCCGUCUUUGGAAGCAGGGCCCAUCUUCAGGGAGAAUCCACCGCCAAACGAUCCUUGGUGCGAUCCUUUCUCAUGUGGGCCUUUCAUUUCUUUGUUCGAAUCUUGGUAUCUUCCACAAUACAAGACACUCAAUGUGGAUUCAAACUAUUUGACCAGCAGGCUGCUAGACUCAUAUUUGGGAAUUUGCAUUUACAACGAUGGGCCUUUGAUACCGAAGUAGUCUGUUUGUGCCACUUGUUGCAAGUCACCAUGUUGGAAGUUGCGGUUCCUUGGCAAGAAAUUGAGGGUUCGAAAUUGAGUACAUCCAAAUUCGCCUUGGCCAUGGCGAGUAUUACCAUGUUACGGGAUAUGAUUUGCGUUCGACUGUGCUACACCCUUCGGCUUUGGACUGCUUCGUCGUCGUCCUUGCAACCACAAUCUAAUUCCAAACGGAAAUCGAGUUAA